AUGUCCGAAAGCCCCGUACAACAAUCGAGUGCUGUCACAGAGUACAAUGACCGAGUCCAGGACUGGCUGCUAGACCCAGGCCUGGAUAUCCAGGGUAGGCUGCUGGGCCAGCUCAGCGUGCAGCCCCAGCCUUCAAAAGAGGCGCCAACGAACCCACCACCCAAGGCACACCUUUAG